ACGUGCUCGGACUUGGAGAUGAGUCGCUCUACGGUGUUUAUCUAGUUGCUUGCCGGAUUCAGACGCAAAAAGAUCGACAACAGCAUGUCUGCUAAUUUGUUUGCAUCGUUUCUAAUUGCUUUGAUUGCCAAUUUGGCAAGCGCGGCAAUAGUACCGCGACUUCAAGACAACUACGUUCAGCUGGAGCCCGUCAGUGACAACAAAUAUACGCUCAGAAUCAAUGAAGGUGGCGCUCUGCGUGAGGAGACCGUGGAACUGAUCGCAUCUGGAGAGCCGAUAGUCAAGGGUCAGCUCACACAGCAGUAUGCCUCGCCGUCCGGAACUUUGACCGUUAUCUACGAAGCAGGCCUCAAUGGCUAUGUGGCCAAGUACAGUUUCGUGUCGACAACAGAAAUACCACCUGUGGUUGCCCUCAGUCCAGGCGCGUUGAAGGCAGCAUCUGGCUAACGAAUCCUACUUAAAUACUACAAAAGCCAGCUGGAAAUAUAUUGUAAAUAAAUAAUAAAUUGUCGCUUAAUAUACGAUUUGC